AUGCAAUCGCAGAAUGGGAAUGAUGCUCCCGCCAAUCAAUUUCCAUGCACACAAUGCCGGACGCGGAAACUCUGGUGCGAUCGCGUUCGCCCGCGCUGCGGUCGGUGUUCGAGACUUGGAGACAGCUGCGACUAUCCUCAGUCGAGAAGAGCCAAUGUUGGCAGAAGAAAACGGGUACAUGAGCUAGAGGCCAAAUUAGAACAACUCGAGAGGUUGGCAAAGACCGGAGACAACUCUUCUACUUCCGAAAAUGACGAAACUCCGCCUCAACAAAUCGCCAACGAGAGUGUCGAUUUUUCGACAGGGGACUUGCCGCAUGCGACAGCAUCGACAAGCGGUACUCCAGAUCAAAAUCAGAACCCAAUAGAAGACAAGACGUCUUUCACCGAACUACUCUCCCUGGGGCUUUUCGAGCAAUCGCUGUCUCAAGAUUGGCAACACGCUGUGCCAAUGUUGCACCGAACCCGGUACAUAAUGUCGUUGUACUUGCCGCCUCACAUGCAGCCUCCAAUGUGCCUACGAUACAUCGUCAUGGCCUCCGGCGCAGAAGUGACCAAAACUCACCGACAGCUAGCCAUGCCGUUUUACCAUCGCGCCAAGGCAUAUAUAGAAGCCGAUGAAAUGAGAGUGACGCAUGCUCAGUGCUGGUCACUGAUUGCCAACUUUGAAGCUCAGCAACUAUACUUUGCACAAGCUUCAAUGAGUCUCUGCCGAGCCAUCAGGGUUGCCCAGAUGCUCGGCCUUCACCGGGUCGACGGGGAAUGCGUCGACGCAAUGCCUCUAAUUCCGCCGCCGCGGGACUGGUCCGAGGCAGAGGAGAGAUGGAGGACGUGCGGUAGCACGGGCUGGCCGGUCAUGAUCAACCAGCAAGAUAUUACUACACACCUCCCUGCGUCAGACACAGCUUUCGAAACGGGCGUCGAGGAGCAGGCGAGCCCGCUGACGAGUAUCCUCCUCCAAGAAGGCCGGGACUUUUCCGCCUUUGCAGGACGGGUCCUGGCCGCGGCAUCCUUCUUCCAGACCUUUCAGCACUCGACGCGAACGCUACCAGACGACGAUCUAACCGAUCCUCGCACAAGUCGAAACUGGAAACGACACCGUGAGAUUUACAACGAUCUAGUAGGUCUCCUCGGCGCCCUCCCGGACGACCUCACCCUCCCCAAGAACAUCCAAUGCCACAACGCCACCUUUGUCAACGCCAUCAUCCACACGUCGGUCAUCUUGCUUCACAGAGCAGCUCUCGCCCGCGUUGAAUUUUUGGGGUUGCCGGAGCACAUGGCAAAACAGAGCCGGGCGAGGUUGAUUUGCGCCGUCGAGGAGAUUCUCAACAUUUUCCGGAUGAUGCCCGACAUCACGCAGACGCUCAAGAACCCCAUGCUGACCUUCUCCAUGUACACGGCCUCUCUCGUGUUCCUCGACAACUGGGAUACGUCAGCCCAAGACUAUCGGCGGCAGGAUAACCUGGACUUCAUCCUUCGCAUCAUCAUACUGGCUGCCAAGGCGUGGAAUAAUCCCGUCAUGAAGUCGACUACCUUCUUGUGGAGUUACCGUUGAAAACGGUGGAAUCGCAUGAUCCGUGUGGCACAGUUCAGGCAAUAGUCUCAUUUCUGCAGCGUCAUGGAGCGGGACGAACCGCGACUUCCAACAAAGUAAUCUAAAAGGUACGUAGCUAUUCCGAGCCUGCCCGCCU